AUGAUCAUGUCUGUUCACGAGCCUCUAAGUAGGAAACGUGCCCUAGGCUCUGAUAGUGUACUGGAGAUGAAGAGACACUGUCCGGACAUAGAUCACCCGGAGGCCUUCUCCGAUACAAUGUACCUGGUGCUUGUUAAGAGUGCCCUUGAGAACUUAGAAAAGAAUGAUACAAUGCAAAUCAAAACACUCACAGCCAAGAUCAACUUGCCCCUUUCUCACAAGGACGCCAUGAGCUUGUCCAAUCUUAAUAUAGUCUUGAAAAGCCUCACAGUAAACAUCGCCAAGCUAGAUAAAUCAGCCUGUGCGCCACUAAUAGCCGCCAUCUUACGCUAUCCUUGGUUGGAGGUCCGCAUCCCGGAGGCCACCCAGGGCAAGCUUGCAUUCCACUCAUUUGUGGACAUUUACUCGCAGUUCCUCACUGUGCUCAUCUCCUCAUUUCCCAAAUACCUAAACGAGGUUCUCACAAAGCUCAUAAACGAGUUCCCCGACUUGAGCUCCGACACAUAUCCACACCACAAAGUGCUUAAGCGCUUCAUUUCAUACUUCCCCACUUGCAUCAAUACUAUACCCAGGGCCUUAAGCGCCACCGCCCCACAUCACACUUCAUCCACCACCACCGAGAUUUACAACUACGUGAGGAAUGCAGUUACUGUGAUUUCGUACUGCCUGGAUUUGCAGUACUCGAUCUGGCAGCUGGUGAUUGAGCUUUGCAUUAAAAUGGACGUUGACCUCCAGAAUGAGCUUGACGAUCUAGACGACGAUAGCAUUGAGGAGCUUAUCAACGGCGAAGAUGAGAAUGAUGAGGUUCUCGAAGUUGAAGCGGAAGACGCUGACGAGAAUGGAGUGGAGGUUUAUGAUGUUGCAUCCACCACAAACAUCAAGCAGUUGGUUUCUAAGCUCGAUAAGGUUAUGGAGUUCCUUCUCACAACUACUGAGCCUUCCUUCACUGCUGAGGAAAUCAGCAACGGAAAAGGUGUUCACCUUUUUAAUACCCUCGCAUCACUUUUCAAGACCCAUGUCUUGCCUACACAUUUCACUAAGCUGAUUCAGUUCCUCAUGUUCCACAUUUCUCAGUACCAGCCGGAGCUUGCGGACUCAUUUUUGGUCAUGCUUAUAGACGUUGCAUUCAAUCAGAAAGAAACCACAGAGAAGCGCCUUAAGGCUCUUCAGUACCUUUCUUCUUACAUCGCGAGAGCCAAUAACCUCACGAAACACCAGGUUGUAUUCAUCGUGAGCUACCUCAUUGGUUGGAUUAACAAAUACAUCACUGAAAGGGAACACGAAGUUUUUGAAUUUUCCGAUUCCUCUUCAGGCGGUAUGGAGAGGUUCAAGCUUUUCUAUGCUACUUUCCAGACCCUUCUUUACAUUUUCUGUUUCAGACACAAGCUGUUGGUGAAGGAUACCGAGGGCCAGUGGGAGUGUGAUAUUGACAAGUUUUUCCAGCGUGUCAUUAUCGCUAAGUUCAACCCCUUGAAGUACUGCGAUGAGACAGUGGUGUUCAUUUUCGCUAAACUUGCAACCAAGUUGAAUGUCUGCUACUGCUACUCGAUCAUUGAGCACAACAAGAGGGAAAGAAUGAUCCAAGGAAAUUCUAAAAUGCCUUCGACGGUCGGUAAUUUUAGACACAAGCAGGAGUUUUUGGACUUAGAGGCAUACUUUCCAUUUGACCCAGUUGUCCUCCCUGUUUCAAAGAAAAUCAUUGACAAAAACUACGUUGAAUGGUCGCAGGUGAACCCUGUUGAUGAAGAUGAGGAAGACGAUGACAGUGGCAGCCAUCUUGAGGAAGAUGACGAUGAAGACGAUAUUGAUUCAGACGAAGAUUCUGAUGACGAAGACAAGGAUGAAGAAGAAGAAGCCGAUAGUGCUGAGGAAGACAGUGAUAGGGAAACUUAA